AUGCGUGUCUCCGCCCUCAUCACGCUCGCCCUCGGCGCCACUGCCUACGCCCAAACCAUCACCAACACAGCUGAGGCCUCCUCCAUCGCCGCCUCGGCCUCGAGCGCUGCUCAAACAGCCUCAGGCUCUGCGAAGUCCAGUCUCCAGGCCCUCGAGAGCUCUGCUCGCGCCUACAGCUCCUCUGCCAGCCGUGAAGCGUCUUCCUCCAGCCGUGCUUCCACCUCCGCAACAGCAGCUGCCGCCUCCUCGUCCUCGUCGGCCAGCUCGGCUUCCAGCUCUGCCUCCCGCAGUGCUAGCAGGAGUGCAAGCGCUUCUGCGUCUUCGGCUUCCGCAUCUGCUUCAACGUCUUCCUCUAGGGCCAUGAGUCCAGCUACUGCUGUUCCGGUCUUGGCCGCUGGUGCUAUGGGAGCCUUCGGUGUGGUUGCCGGUCUCUUGUAA